CCCCGCCACAUCUAUCUCUUCACUCCCCCCCACCUUAACCCAUCUCGCUGGACGGCACAUUCAUAGUCAUUUGAUGCCACACUGAUGUCCGAAGAUGUCGACCUGCAGCAGCAAAUACUGCAGCGAACUCUUCGCGAGGUAGCGCAGGAAGAGGAGGAUCAUGAAGCGGCCAAUCCUUGUGUGAUUUGCUUGGAGCCCGUCUCCGAAGUGGCCGUCGCUGUGCCUUGCAAGCAUGCGAACUUUGACUUUCUAUGCUUGGUAAGCUGGCUGGAACAGCGUCGCAACUGUCCGCUUUGCAAGAGCCAUGUCACCUCCGUGACGUACAACCUCGAAGGCCCCGAAGCUCCUAAGACCUAUCAACUACCUGAACUACCCCCGUCGACACCGGAGGCACCUUCUACAAACCAUCGAGGUUUCCCUGGUCGUGAUUUCCGACGCGGUCGUCCGCAUCCACACCGUCCUCGAAGCCCGCCGCGCCCGCCACAACAACCCGAUGAUCCGCUCCGACGACGCCAGCACGUCUACCGCCAUCAGCUGUACUCACUGCGAGUGGGUACCAACCGCCUCUCGCAAUACUGCGAAUUGUCACCGGACAUGUUCAACCGCGAUGAAGCGCUGGUCUCACGCGCACGGAAAUGGAUCCGGCGGGAGCUGCAGGUCUUCGCUUUCUUGAACCCAGAAGAGCCCCAACCAAGUCACGUCACCCGCCCGGGACAGCGCAGACUCGAGAACCGUCGAGGGAACAAUGCCGAAUUCCUCCUGGAAUAUAUCAUUGCAAUCCUCCGCACCGUGGACGUCAAGGGCAGUGCGGGACAGGCGGAGGAGCUCCUCCGGGAUUUCCUGGGGAGGGAUAAUGCGCGCCUGUUCCUGCAUGAGCUUCAGGCGUUUCUCCGGAGCCCUUAUAUGUCUCUGGAGGAUUGGGACCGGCACGUCCAGUACGAUGAGCCGGCUCCGGGUUCCGCCACCCCUAAUGCGGGGUCCGAUCGCACAUCUACGCCGAUUUAUCGGGGAGGUCGGGGUGGUGGUCGAUGGGCUAAUCGUGGCCGGGUGUCGAAGCCAUCCUAUGCGCGGGGGUCUCGUCAACAAGGCGGCCGUCGAGAUGCAUUGACGCAGGCGAGAAGAGUGCAGUACGCACGGGACCGGUAUAUCCCGGAUUGACUGUCUGCCAGUCUCGAUAUCACGGGUUUGCUUACGACGUUAUGAGUGAUGCACGAUGAAUCUUCCAAAAACCAUGUUUGUAUAUAUAUAG